AAACCCUCGUUUAAAUUGAUGUGUGAAUCACUUCAGUCAAAUUCUACUAUUCUGAAUUAACACAAACAAAUUUGGCAUAAAACAGUCGCAUUUAGGUACUCCAUUUACUCUUGAUUAGCUGCUCACAAAGCCAUGAAAACUGCUGAUUUGCUUAUAUAUAGAAAUAUUACAACUGACCCUAUUUGCUUGUUCUCUCUAAAUUCUGCGUAAAUCGGCCAAAUCGCUAUGGUCAACUAGCCCUGUGCCAGCUUGGUACAGACUUGCAGUUUCAUGCACCCCCAUAUGGACCGUACAACGGCCGGAGCCGCUGCUUCCACCGCCUCUUCAUCAAAACCCCCGCCGCCUUCUCCAAUUCCAGCGUCCGUAGCUGAUGGAACAAUGACCGCUGUUUCUCGCCAUUACUUUGGCGAGGAGUCUACAGAGGACUCCCACUGUUUUUAUAUCGACAUCAUCGAGAACAUGGAAGAAAAUUAUGGCAUGUUUGUUUGGCCCUGUAGUAUAAUUCUCGCUGAAUAUGUUUGGCAGCAGAGGUCGCGGUUUACAGGAAAGAAGUUGAUUGAGUUAGGCGCUGGAACAUCCCUGCCUGGUUUAGUUGCUGCUAAAGUCGGAGCUGAUGUAACAUUGACGGAUGAUUUGCGCAAACCAGAUGUGGUAGAGAACAUGCAGCGAAUAUGCAAUCUUAAUAAGCUUGACUGCAAGGUACUUGGCCUCACAUGGGGAGAGUGGGAUGCUGCUUUGUUUGAAUUGCACCCUCAUAUAAUUCUUGGAGCUGAUGUAUUUUAUGAUUCAACUGCUUUUGAUGAUCUCUUUGCAACGGUUACUUUCCUCCUGCAAAAUUCUCAAGGAACUGUAUUUAUCACUACAUAUCAUAACCGCAGCGGUCAUCAUCUGAUUGAGUUCUUGAUGGCGAAAUGGGGGUUGAAAUGCCUAAAACUCUUGGAUGGUUUCUCUUUCCUUCCAUCUUGUAAGGCUUCCUCACUUCAGGGAAACCUUCAGCUUGUGGAAAUUGCACUAGAUGACAAGAGCACCUUCUGACAGUGGGAGAUCUUUAAAUUCACAACGUUUGAGCAGAUUAAAAAAUAUAUUUUCCAAUUGAGUGAAGUGUCUGAAAUAAUCCCCUCACUAUUUAUAUGAUAACAUUUUAGUCCAGAACAUACAAGUUAGUGGAAACUUUUUUAAUUUGGGGUUGAAUUGGUCCCUAUUUCAGCCUUGAUUAAAAGAGUUCGAGGACUAAUCAAACACUUUUGUAAACUCUGGCACUAAAAUGGCUCCUUGCAAAAGAUUUGUGGAGUAUUUUGAUACUCAGUCUCUUUCGGGAUUGUAUACUGCGCUUUGUAUUUUCCAAAUUCUGUGCAAUAUUAGAACCUUAUCUGUGGAUUUAACAAUGCAGCUUACUGGAUAUGGAAGUUCCAGUGGAAGUCCAAAUACAUGGAAUGUGUAUCAUCAAAAUAGGGUAGUUUAACAGUUCAAUUCCGUUCAAUCUAAUUUACAGCAUUUGGUAUUGUUAACAUAUUUGAUGCUUGGGCUUUCGGUCUGUCACCGAACUUUAUGAAAAGCAAAUCUAAUAUUUGAAUUACUCUAGCUACUGUUCUGUAACAGGCUAUCAGGCUAAACUUUUGUUUGUUU